AUGGUUGAAUUAGUCGAAGUUGAGGACGAGUCCUUCGAGACAAAGCAGGCUGGCCCUCAGGAGAACGAGGACGACUACUACACUGACACUGAUUCGGAGAUAUCUACGGAUGAUGAAGAUGAUAUUCCCGAUGAAGAAACGCUCGCAGAUCGUCUGGCUGCGCUCCGCGACAUAAUCCCCCCGACCACCCGAUCAUACAUUUCUCAGAAGGUUGAUACAACCACAAGCUGGAUUAAGUCGGGUAUUUUCCUGAGUGGCAAGACGCUCUGGAUUGUUAGCACGAGUGCGCUUCUAUUAGGCGUGCCUUGGGCGUUGGCGUUUGCGGAGGAACAACAAGUGGUUGAGAUGGAGAACGAGAUGAAGAUGAGAGAGCAAGGCACUCGUGAGAUUCUCACCCCUGAUCAAUCAACAGCAGCACAAGUGAGCGCCCAAUUGAAUGCGCAAGCAAAGCCAGCGCUAUAA